AUGAGCCCAGUCAGAUCUCUUGACUUUGUCUUCAAGAACAAUUCUGGGUCGCAGCCUACUGAAUUUACCAAUACUGGAGAUGGCUCUCUGAACGUCAAUACUGGGGAUGGCGCUCAGAACAACAACAAUGGUCAUGGGACACAGUACAACAUCUCAUUCAAUCUUGCCUCUAAAUCGGAACAAAAGGAAGGCGUGGAAAGACUGGAUCUGAGAAUUCUCAAGUCGCUAGCAUUCGAUGAUAUGAACAGCCGACACUCGAGUAUUAAAAGACGACACAAAGGAACAUGCCUAUGGGUAACAAAAUUGGAAGAGUACCGAUCAUGGGAAUCAAACAAUUGCGGUCUGCUAUGGAUCAGGGGCAAGCCUGGUGUCGGGAAAUCGACUUUGAUGGCCUUUCUGCUCGAGGCCCUCGGAGCUUCGCAUCCAGAUAAUGGAACCAUUUAUCUGAAAUUUUUCUUCCACGCCCGGGGCAAAGAAUUGCAACACACGGUGAUUGGGAUGUUCAGAGCCUUACUUUUCCAGAUCAUUGACCGCGAUGAAAGUAUACGAAGCAAAGUUCGUGAGAUCUAUCGGCAGAAUACCGGGCCUAUGGGGAGUCUUGGGCAUCAGGGAGGGGAAUUGUCUCAAUCGCAGCUAGAACGGGCAUUCGAGGAGACGGUUCUUGCUUCGGCUUUGAAGCAACAAGUCGUCAUUUUCAUCGAUGCGUUGGACGAGGCCGGUGCCACCUCGGCUCUAGAGCUGGCAACUUAUUUCCAUGAGCUCAAUGAGAAUGCGCAGAAGGGGAAGCUUAGGCUCAAGAUUUGCAUCUCGUGUCGGCACUAUCCAAUGCCGAGUACUCGGCCUGCUGUGGAGAUUACGGUGGAAGAUCAUAAUUAUGGAGAUAUCACCAAUUACCUGCGAGACAACCUAUUUACGAGUCCGUCUAUGCAUGGUCUACUGUUGGCAAAUAAGCUGAUCGAACAGUCUGGCAAUAUGUUUCAAUGGGUCCGCAUCAUCCUGCCAUUUGUUCAGCAAAAGCUUGCGGAGGGAGAUUCGUCUGAAGCUGUUUUCGACUGGUUGAAAGAAAUACCCACCCCUCAAGAAGACAUGAAUGAGACAUACCAAUACAUAUUGGAACAUGUUAUAGCUGAUUGGAAUCUGGCUCAAUCAUUUCUGUUUUUUCAGUGGGUGUAUCUAGCCGAACGACCUCUGACACUGGCAGAAAUUCGGUACGCCCUGACAGCGUCUAACGCACGAGCGAAGAAAUACCCCAAGGAAUGCCAUGGUGUCAAAUAUCCCCUAGAAACAGAAAACCUGAACUCAAAGAUCAAAGCUCUUUCCGGAGGUCUAGCUGAAGUUGUAUCGGCUGAAGACAGCAAACAGGUCAUACAGGUCAUUCACCAAUCUGUCAACGACUUUUUGUACCAGAAGGGACUACCUUGGAUGGCCGCUCGUGCCAGAUCCCAACCCUUGUCGCCCAAAAAUGACGAAGUCAUCCUUGAAUGCCAGAAAUCACUUUACCAAUCAUGCUUGGACUAUCUCACCAUCGAGUCAUUACAAGGACUGAACGCACGCGCGUUUGAAAAGUACACCGUGAAAUUUGCGCAACAGAAGGAAGACCUUCAAGGUCGACCCUUUAUCCACUAUGCGGUCGUCUAUCUUUUUGUUCACGCAGGGAAAGCCCAGGACUCGCGGCCCAACACGCUAGAAAAUGACCUACGAGGCCUGAAACGCAUCUUCGAGCUAUGGCUCAAUACCUAUCGCACGAUAGAUACUUCUAGAUGCCCGCCGAAGGACUCACAGCUCAUACACAUAGCUACAGCCGCAAACAUGAGCCAUGCCGUGGCCUCGCUUCUAACUUCGAAUCCAGAAAGCAUCGGGAAGGAGGAUUCUAAUGGGAACACGGUCCUUCAUAUAGCCUCUCAACACGGCCAUGUGGAACUGGCUGCAUUAUUGAAACAGAGAGGAUCCAACUGCCUGGCGAGGAACAAACGCGAUGAGACGCCAUUGGUAUUGGCUUUGCAGAAUGACCACUUGGAGCUCGCCCGAUGGCUUAUCGAAGAAAUGAAGGAUCUAAACACAGCCACUGAGUUUGAUCUUGCGUUACAAGAGGCUUCUUACAAGAACCAGCGCGACAUGAUUCAGCUACUCAAAGCUGCUGGUGCCAACAUCAGUUUCGAGGGAGGCAAAUACGGCUCUGCCCUCCAGGCCGCUGCAUCUUUAGGGAGCAUUGAGGUUGUGAGGAUUCUACUGAAUGAUGACGCCAAAGUCAACUCACGAGGAGGCAAAUUUGGAACUGCGUUACAGGCGGCUGCAUUUAUGAUGGAGACUGAUGGUGUGAAGCUUUUACUACAGUUUGGUGCCGGUGUCAAUCAACGAGGAGGUAUAUACGACACCCCUUUACAGGCGGCCGCAACGAGAGAGAACCUCGAUAUUGUGAAGAGCCUAUUAGACGCUGGCGCGAAAGUCAAUUUAAAGGGGGGCCGGUAUGGGUCGGCUAUCCAGGCUGCUUGCGCGUCUCAGAGCUUUGAAACAAUGGAAUUAUUGCUGGAAGCUGGUGCCGAUGUUGAUUCAUAUGGAGAUCAUGAUCUCAAGACUAUACAAGCCUAUUCAAAGGAGGAUUGGCUUGAUGCUGAGCUACCUAGAGAGAGGUAUGAUACUGCUUUGCAGUCGGCUACAGUUGCCAACAGAAUUGAUGUUGUGAGGCUUCUGCUACACUUUGGUGCCAAUGUCAAUCAACGGGGGAGUGAAUACCAGACUGCUCUAUAUACUGCUGCAAGGUUUGGGAGAGCUGAUAUUGUGAAGUGCUUAAUAGAUGCCCAAGCCAAAGUCACACUCAAGGGGGGUGUCUAUGGGACAGCCCUCCAAGCUGCCGCGGCUGGGGGAUGGACUCAAAUUGUGAAGAUGCUGAUAGACGCCGGUGCGAAUGUCAAUGCACAUGGAGGUAUUUUUGGAAGUGCCCUCUGUGCUGCUGCUUCAAAGAAGCACUAUGAUAUCGCGAAGGCCCUCAUUGAGGCUAGGGCCGAAGUUCAUGAUCAAGUCGGCCGCAAUCCCCCCCGCUCUAGAGGCUGCUGUCAAAUCCAGAAGCGCCGAUAUUAUGCGGCUUCUAUUGGAUACCAAUUCCAACGUUACCCUACAUAA